CAAAGUGACUGAAAAUAUUAGAGUGGUUUUUGAAACAUAUAAUGCAAAUUUGAAGAACACAAAUUCAGGAUGAAGUCUAUUAUUCCAAAGACAUCAAGUCUUUCUUGGACUCAUGUUCUAAUGGUCCUUUUAAUCUUCCAACAUUCGGAAUGUGCAGUUAGCUAUGAUGGAGUUGUAUUAGUAGUACUCCCUACUUAUUGCUGUUCCGAUCUUGAAGAUGCUAUUUUGGACGUGUGCGGGGAAGAUAACUAUGUUCUAGACUUAUAUUCUAGUGACGCCCAAGAUUGCUGCGCCAAAGGUUGCUCAGAUUGGGCACUUUCACAGUUUUGCAUCACGCCUGUUGAACCCAUACCACUCCCUGUUUAUUGCUGUGAGGAUCUUGAAAUAGCUGUUUCUGAGUUGUGCGGGGACGAAAAUUAUUAUAUAGACCAGUAUUCUCAUGCCGCCAGACAUUGCUGCGAUUAUGGCUGUUCAGACUGGAGACUUAGAAAUUUCUGCCUCUAUCCUCCUGUUUACCCAAUACCAACACGCCCUACUUAUUGUUGUGACGAUCUUGAAGAAACUGUUUUUGCACUUUGCGGAGAAGAUAACUACUAUCCUAUUGACUAUUAUUCUCCUGAGGCCCAAGAUUGCUGCAGCCUAGGUUGCGAUGAGUAUUUAGUUUCACAGUUCUGCAUAAACGCUACCGGCCUGUUUGAUCCUGCAAGCACCUCAAGCCUCAUGUCUACAAGCAGUGAAGGCUAUAUGGAAACAGACCCAGGCCUUAUAAGUGCAGACAGUGCAAGCCUUAUGGAAACAACCGACCAAAGCCCUACGAAAACAACCACCUCAAGCCUUAUGAGUACACAGAGUGAAGACAAUGCGGAAACAUCCGACCCAACCCCUUAAUAGCAUAAAGUAAAUCAAGCAUGUACAAUUUAUGUUUUGAACUGUAUCAAAAAUAAAAAUAUUUGAAAUAUUUGGAUAUA